GAGUAUUCUAGAAAAAUUCAUAGAAUUGGAAGAACUCUUACUCUUGGACGAAAUGAUAAAAGAAUACCCGGAAACACAUCUACAAACACUUCGUAUAGGAAUUCACAAAGAAACGAUCCAAUUGAUCAAGAUGCACAAUGAGGAUCAUAUCCAUAUGAUUUUGCACUUAUCGACAAAUAUAACCUCUUUCAUUAUUUUAAGUGGUUAUUCUAUUCUGGGUAAUGAAGAACUUGCUAUUCUUAACUCUUGGGUUCAAGAAUUCCUAUAUAACUUAAGUGACACAAUAAAAGCUUUUUCUAUUCUUUUAUUAACUGAUUUAUGUAUCGGAUUCCAUUCGCCCCAUGGUUGGGAACUAAUGAUUGGCUAUGUCUACAAAGAUUUUGGAUUUGCUCACAACGAUCAAAUUAUAUCUGGUCUUGUUUCUACUUUUCCAGUCAUUCUGGAUACAAUUUUUAAAUAUUGGAUCUUCCGGUAUUUAAAUCGUGUAUCUCCAUCACUUGUAGUGAUUUAUCAUUCAAUGAAUGACUGAUCCAACUAUAAUAUUUGUUACUUUGUAACAUAAGGUACAUAAGCAAAGCAUUUCAAUUUUAAGACGUACUUACUCUUUCUACCCUACAGGGAUUUCUCCUACUCCUAUAUUCCAGUAAAAUGAUUUCAGUACAGUAAAUAGCAGAAUUGUGGAUAGGGAACUAUACAAGCGACCUACCUAAUUUUAUUGUAGAAAUUUUCGGGAUCAAUGAUUGGACCAUGCAAACUAAAAACACCUUUUCUUGGAUAAAGAAAGAGAUUAUUCGAUCUAUUUCCGUAUCGCUAAUGAUAUAUAUCAUAACUCGGACAUCCAUUUCCAAUGCAUAUCCCAUUUUUGCACAGCAGGGUUAUGAAAAUCCACGAGAAGCGACCGGGCGUAUUGUAUGUGCCAAUUGCCAUUUAGCUAAUAAGCCCGUGGAUAUUGAGGUUCCGCAAGCGGUACUUCCUGAUACUGUAUUUGAAGCGGUUGUUCGAAUUCCUUAUGAUAUGCAAGUUAAACAAGUUCUUGCUAAUGGUAAAAGGGGAGGUUUGAAUGUGGGGACUGUUCUUAUUUUACCUGAGGGAUUUGAAUUAGCCCCCCCCGAUCGUAUUUCGCCCGAGAUGAAAGAAAAGAUAGGAAAUCUGUCUUUUCAGAGCUAUCGCCCCACUAAAAAAAAUAUUCUUGUGAUAGGUCCUGUUUCUGGUCAGAAAUAUAGUGAAGUCACCUUUCCUAUUCUUUCCCCGGACCCCGCUACUAAUAAAGAUGUUCACUUCUUAAAAUAUCCCAUAUAUGUAGGUGGGAACAGAGGAAGGGGUCAGAUUUAUCCCGAUGGGAGCAAGAGUAACAAUACAGUUUAUAAUGCUACAGCGGCUGGUGUAGUAAGUAAAAUCAUACGAAAAGAAAAAGGGGGGUACGAAAUAACCAUAUCGGAUGCGUCAGAUGAACGUCAAGUGGUUGAUAUUAUCCCCCCAGGGCCAGAACUUCUUGUUUCCGAAGGCGAAUCUAUCAAAGUUGAUCAGCCAUUAACGAGUAAUCCUAAUGUGGGUGGAUUUGGUCAAGGGGAUGCGGAAAUAGUACUUCAAGAUCCAUUCCGUGUCCAAGGCCUUUUGUUCUUCUUGGCAUCUGUUAUUUUGGCACAAAUAUUUUUGGUUCUUAAGAAGAAACAGUUUGAGAAGGUUCAAUUGUCCGAAAUGAAUUUCUAGAUUCUCGGAUUUCCAAUAUCAAGUUCGUAAAAAGAAUCAAAUUCUUGUUUUGGGAAUUCAAUUAUGUUCUGUAUAUGUUAUGUAUGAUCAAAAAUUAUGAAAAGCUUUUUGCUUGUUUCUAUUCCAGAUGUCGAUAUCGGGAAUUAUUUGUACCGCAUUCCUAGUCAUAGUAUGUAUAUUGUGAAGAAGAUUAUUUUACUUUAUCCCUUCUUUUUUUUUCAAGCCAAAUUCGAGCGGUGUCACUAGGUCACUCUUGUGAGAUUGAAAUGUCAUAGAAUGGAUCAAUCUUUUUCUAUUCUAAUAGAAUAACAUCUAAAAUUUCACUGGAUACUAAACAUAAGAUAAGUAAGUGGAGAAUAGAAAACAAAGGAUUAUUCGCCUUCUUCUUCUUAGUCUUUUCUUUGACACAAGAAAGGAAUUUUCUACAUUUCUUUCUUGUGUCUACAUAAAAACGGUUUUUGAUCCCGUUCGUCAAAAAUUACUAUCCUUAUUAGUUUCUAUUUUUUCCAUGUUUAUCAGAACCCUUUUUUUAUAUUUAUUACGUAUACAUAUAGAAAGUAGUGAACAAACAAAAAAAAAAUAGAGGGAAAUCUUUUGAUAAAAUAGAACUUAUUCUAAUGGACUUAGAAAAAAUUCAACUUUGAUGAGAUACUAAAUAGAGUAGAGUAAGGAUAAGGAUCUAUUCGAAAAGGAUUUGCUUUGCAUAAUAGCUGAUCGACAGAAAUAUAUAUUGUAAUUGUGUCAUUCAGGAAAAUGAAAUCGAGCGAUUCCUUCUUUCUUCUAACUUUGAAAGAUAGAUAAGAUACUAUCCGCGAAUAAGGGAUGCUCUAAAUUAAUUAAUGAAGUUUUCAAAAACAUUAUAAGAAAUGAAGUUUUUUUUUCAAAAUAGGGAAAAGUUAUUUUUUUUAUUUAUACUAAUAAAAUAUUAUGAAAGCUUAAGAAGGCUUAAGAAGGCUUAAGAAGGCAAGGAUCCACUUGCCUUCUUAAGCUUUCAUGUCUCCAACUCAGUUCAUCUUAUUAUUAGAUUAUUACAGAGAUGAACCCAACCCGGAGUAUGAACCAUAAAAGAAAAUACCUAUUAAACCGAUCACAAGAAUACCAGUUACAGUACCUAUUAUCCAAAGAGGAAUCCUUCCAGUAGUAUCGGCCAUUUAUCCCGCUUCCCUCCACCAUUUCUUUCAUCAAGUUGUCAUGCUAAAGACAUAAACAGCCAUAGAUAAUUAUGAGAUGUAAUCCUUCCGAAUGGGUUAAGAUAAUUCUUAUUAUUAUUUAGUAUUCUACUAUUCUUUUUUCUUCUCUUAAUUGAAGAAAUAAUUGGAAAAUAAAACAGCAAGUACAAAAAUGAGUAAUAACCCCCAGUAGAGACUGGUACGAUUCAAUUCAACAUUUUGUUCGUUCGGGUUUGAUUGUGUCAUAGCUCUAUAAUUUGUAUUAGGUUUAUCGUUGGAUGAACUGCAUUGCUGAUAUUGACCCUAAAAAAGAAACGGUAGGUACAGCUAGUCCAUGAACAGCUAACCAUCGCACUGUAAAAAUUG